GAAACAGAAGAAGAAGAAAUGGCUCAUUCAUGGGAUCAAUUAGGGGAAAUCGCUUCGGUGGCGCAGCUUACAGGCGUAGACGCCGUGAAACUGAUCGGAAUGAUAGUGGCCGCCGCGAACACAGCCCGGAUGCACAAGAAGAACUGCCGCCAGUUCGCUCAGCAUCUCAAGCUCAUCGGGAAUUUGCUCGAGCAGCUCAGAAUCUCCGAGAUGAAGACGUGCCCUGGGAUUCAGGAGCCGCUCGAAGCGCUCGAGGAUGCUCUCAGAAGAUCUUACGUUCUCGUCAACAGCUGCCAAGACCGGAGCUAUCUCUACCUUUUAGCCAUGGGAUGGAGCAUCGUUUACCAGUUUCGUAAAGCUCAGAACGAGAUCGAUCGUUAUCUCAAGAUCAUCCCACUCAUCACUUUGGUGGACAACGUUCGGAUUCGAGAGAGGCUUGAAGUUAUCGACAGUGAUCAGCGUGAGUACACUCUUGAUGAAGAGGACAGGAAAGUGCAAGAUGUGAUCUUGAAACAAGAAUCCACUAGAGAAGCUGCUGCUUCGGUUCUGAAGAAGACGCUCUCUCGCUCCUACCCGGAGAUGGGUUUCUGCGAAGCGCUCAAGGCAGAGAACGGGAAGCUUCAAGUUGAGCUGCAGCGUUCGCGGGCGCGUUACGAUGCUGAUCAGUGCCAAGUCAUUCAGCGUUUGAUCGACGUCACAGAAACUGCUGCUGAGGUUGAUGAUGAUGAUGAUGAUGAUGAUCCUGUAAAGGAGGAUUCUCCCAAAAGAAGUAGUACUCGAGCAGCUUUGAGAUCAACAUCAUCAUCACAACACCAUGAGGAAUGGCACACUGACUUAUUGGAUUGUUGCUCAGAACUUUCUCUAUGCUUGAAGACAUUGUUUUUCCCGUGUGGUACAUUGUCAAAGAUUUCCUCUGUGGCAAAUAACAGAGACAUCACUUCUAAUGAAGUUUGUAAUGAGCUAAUGGUGUAUUCUUUGAUACUCUCAUGCUGCUGCUAUACUUGCUGCAUAAGAAAGAAGCUUCGAAAGACAUUGAACAUAAAGGGAGGAUCCAUUGACGACUUUCUGUCACAUCUAAUGUGUUGUUGCUGUGCCUUAGUCCAAGAAGUGAGGGAAGUCGAGAUUCGUGGAGCUUCUUACGAUACAGAGAAGAAGAAGAAAAACAUGACUCCACCAUCACCUCAAUUCAUGGAAGAAUGA